AUGUCUUCAAGAUACUCUCUACGCCAAACCCCCAGGAAGAAAGAACUCUUCGAGGGCAUGGUAGAGACCCCUUCUCGACGCCGCUCAACACGCCGACAGACUUCCCAGCCUCUUGAAACCUCAGACGCCGACAACGACUCCGGCUCAAACGCUGAAAACGCCCCCCGCGCUGCCCCCAUUCGUCGACGUACCACCAAGUUUGUUGAGAACCUCGACGAGGACGACGUGCAAAAGCCGGACGACAUGGGUGCCGUCAACCGCAACGGCCAUGCCAAUGGCAAUGGCAAGGCCAAUGGCAUCGCUCCUUCCAAUGGUGUCCCUGUCCCUGCCCCUGUCACCAGCGUCCUUGACAAGACUGAGGGUGUUCCUCAGGAUCCUCAUGUCGUCGACGGCUGGAGGCCAGGUCAGGACCCCAAGGUCGACUACUCAGGCGAGUUUGAGUUUGGGGGUUCCUUCGGUACCCUCGCCAUGAUGAUUUGUUUCCCUAUCCUCAUGUGGUACAUGUGGAUUGGCGCAACUUACUAUAAUGGCAAGUUCCCCUCUCGCGAGGCCGGCCAGUCCUGGGCCGACUUUGGUGCUCACCUUGUCAACCUCGUCUACACGGGUGCCUUUCCUCGCCUUCAGGUUUGGGCCUGGUACUGGUCCUACCUCUUCGUCGAGGGUGCUCUCUACUGCACCCUCCCUGGCGUCUGGGGCUACGGCAAGCCUCUCCCCCAUGAGGGAGGCAAGCAGCUGCGCUACUACUGCAAUGCCUACUUCAGUCUCUACACGACCCUCGCCAUCCUUGCCGUUCUGCACUUCUCGGGCGCCUGGCCUCUCUACACGGCCAUUGACGAGUUCGGUCCGAUCCUGUCUGUCGCCAUCCUGACCGGUUUCCUCGUCAGCUUUGUCGCCUACUUCUCCGCGCUCUGGCGCGGUAAGCAGCACCGUAUGACCGGUUAUCCCAUCUACGACUUCUUCAUGGGCGCCGAGCUUAACCCCCGCAUGUUUGGUAUUCUCGACUUCAAGAUGUUCUUCGAGGUCCGCAUGCCCUGGUAUAUCCUCCUCAUCCUGAGUCUCGGUGCCGCCGCUCGCCAGCACGAGCAGUACGGCUACGUCUCUGGUGAGGUCUGGUUCCUCGUCAUGGCUCACUUCCUCUAUGCCAACGCCUGUGCCAAGGGAGAGGAGCUCAUCAUCACCACCUGGGACAUGUACUAUGAGAAGUGGGGUUUCAUGCUCAUCUUCUGGAACCUUGCUGGUGUCCCUCUCUCUUACUGCCACUGUACUAUCUACCUGGCCAACCACCACCCCGAUGUCUACCGCUGGAACCGCGGCAUCCUCGCCGCCAUGUUCGUGGGCUACCUCUUCUGGUACUGGGUCUGGGACAGCUGCAACAGCCAGAAGAACCGCUUCCGCGCCAUGGAGAAGGGCAAGGUUGUCUGGCGCAAGACCUUCCCCCAGGUCCCCUGGCAGACCGUCCACAACCCCAAGACCAUCACCACCCCCCAGGGCACCAUCCUCGUCGACGGCUGGUACGGACUUGCCCGCAAGAUCCACUACACGGCCGACGUCUGGUUCGCCGUCUCUUGGGGUCUCAUCACCGGCUUCGAGAGCCCCUUCCCCUGGUUCUACCCCGUCUUCUUCGUCUGCAUGAUUGCUCACCGCGCCGCGCGUGACAUUCACCGCUGCCGUCGCAAGUAUGGUGAGGCUUGGCUCGAGUAUGAGCGACGUGUGCCCUACCUCUUCAUUCCUUACGUCAUUUAA